UGUGCUCAGUUCCUCCAGCAGUACCACCACUACCAGUCCCAUGUGGAGAUCUUCACCUUCCAACCGGACAAGCCUAGCAAGGAGCUGGCCGAGCUGGUCAUGUUCCUGGCGCAGGUUGCCCACUGCUACCCAGAGCACAUGGCCAAUUUCCCCCAGCAGCUGAAGGAGCUGCUCUCCUACCACCACACAGUCCUGGAUGUGGACCUGCGCAUGACAUUCUGUAAGGCUUUGAUCUUGUUAAGAAACAAGAAUUUAAUAAACCCAACGAGUUUGCUGGAGCUCUUCUUCCAACUGCUGCGGUGUCAUGAUAAGCUUCUACGAAAGACUUUAUACACUCACAUUGUGUCGGACAUCAAGAAUGUCAAUGCUAAACACAAAAACAACAAAGUAAAUACAACACUGCAGAACUUCAUGUACACUAUGUUGAGAGACAGCAAUCCCACUGCUGCCAAGAUAUCUCUGGAUGUGAUGAUUGAGCUUUACAGAAGGAAUAUUUGGAAUGAUGCCAAAACAGUCAAUGUCAUCACAACUGCCUGCUUUUCAAAAGUGACAAAGGUGUUAGUUGCUGCUUUGAAGUUCUUUCUAGGGAAAGAUGAAGAUGAGAAACAAGACAGUGACUCAGAAUCUGAGGACGAUCUUCCCACGGCCAGAGAUCUGAUGAUGCGCUACGCAACCAACAAGAAAACCACCAAGCGCAAGAAGAAACUGGAGAAAGCAAUGAAGGUUCUCAAGAAACAGAAAAAGAAGAGCAAGCCAGAGGUGUUCAACUUCUCUGCUAUUCACUUGAUUCAUGAUCCCCAAGACUUUGCAGAGAAACUGCUGAAGCAGCUGGAGAGCUCUAAGGAGCGAUUUGAAGUGAAGAUGAUGCUCAUGGACCUAAUAUCUAGGCUAGUUGGAAUACACGAGCUUUUUCUUUUUAAUUUCUACCCCUUUGUUCAGAGAUUCCUACAGCCCCAUCAGAGAGAAGUGACAAAGGUUCUUCUGUUUGCUGCACAGGCUUCACAUCAGCUAGUACCACCUGAGAUUAUCCAGUCAGUGUUAAUGACCAUUGCCAACAACUUUGUCACUGACAAGAAUUCUGGGGAGGUCAUGACCGUAGGAAUCAAUGCAAUAAAAGAAAUCACUGCAAGAUGUCCAUUAGCCAUGACUGAAGAUCUGCUCCAAGACCUCGUUCAGUACAAGACUCAUAAAAAUAAAAAUGUGAUGAUGUCUGCAAGAUGUCUGAUACAUCUCUUCCGUUCCCUGAAUCCAGAGAUGCUGCAGAAGAAAUUCAGGGGUAAACCUACUGAGGCUUCAUUGGAAGCCAGGAUUCAUGAAUAUGGAGAACUGGAUGCCAAAGAUUAUAUUCCAGGAGCAGAAGUACUGGAUGUUGAGAGUCAAAUAGAAAAGGGAGGAACCCAAGAAGCAGAUGGAUGGGAAAGUGCUAGUCUGAAUGAGGAAGAAGAUAAUGAAGAUGGAGAAUGGAUUGAUGUGCAUCACUCCUCAGAUGAGGAGCAGAAAGAAGUAGCAGAGAAGGUGAAAAGUAUGCCCAUGGAGGAACGAAAAGCCAAAGCUGCAGCAGUCAGUACAAGCAGGCUGCUCACUCAAGAAGACUUCCACAAAAUACGUCUCGCCCAGCUUUCCAAAGAAGUGAAUUCUGCACCUGGCAAAGCUGCAAAGAGGAAAUACAUUGAAAUAGAUGAAGAAGAGGAGGAGGAGGGCAGGGGAGAGCUGCUUUCGCUCAGAGAUAUUGAACAUCUGCACAAGAAGCCUAAAUCGGACAAGGAGACCAGGCUGGCAACUGCAAAGGCUGGAAAAACAGACAGAAAAGAAUUUGUGAAAAAGAAAACGAGAAUUAACCCAUUUGCUAGCUCUUCCAACAAAGAAAAGCAAAAGCACAAGAACUUCAUGAUGAUGAGAUACAGCCAUAGUGUCCGGACAAAAACCAAGCGUUCCUUCAGGGAAAAACAGCUGGCUCUUCGAGAUGCACUUCUGAAAAAGAGAAAACGGCUACUGAAGUAACAGAACAGUAACAGAGAGGAAUAUUUCAUCACCCUUGAAGAAA